AUGGGCUGCUGGGAACAAAAUAACUGAUGUGACCCCUUUCUGCCAAUCUGCCGUGGUAUUUGCAUUAUUUUCAAUAUUAUCACCCAUAGAGAACCUGUGGGAUAUUGUGAAGAGAAAGUUGAAGAGAUCCGCGAGGCGUUCCGAGUUUUGGAUCGAGAUGGGAACGGUUUCAUCUCCAAACAGGAGCUGGGGAUGGCCAUGCGCUCACUGGGUUACAUGCCCAGUGAGGUGGAGCUGGCCAUCAUCAUGCAGAGACUGGACAUGGACGGGGACGGCCAGGUAGACUUUGAGGAGUUCAUGACGAUACUAGGGCCUAAGCUGCUGUCGGCCGACAACAGAGAAGGAUUUCUGGGCAACACCAUCGACAACAUCUUCUGGCAGUUUGACAUGCAGCAGCUGUCUCUGGAUGAGCUCAAGCAGGUGCUGUUCCACGCCUUCAGGGACCACCUGACAAUGAAGGACAUCGAGAACAUCAUCAUCACCGAGGAGGAGAGCCUCAACGAAACCUCAGGGAACUGCCCUGAGUAUGAAGGAGUCCAUCCUAAGAAGAAGAAUCGACAAACCUGCGUCAGGAAAAGCCUGAUCUGCGCCUUCGCCAUGGCUUUCAUCAUCAGUGUCAUGCUCAUCGCGGCCAAUCAGAUGUUGCGAAACGGCAUGGAGUGA